AUGCCAAACCAUUCGGGCACGGACAGGUGUUUGGCAACGAUGAUUCUGAUGACAGUGAUGACAAUGGUAGUACUUUUACCGGCGGGAUCAUAUGGUAACAGUCUGACGCUGACCGGCGAACAUUGCACCGUAACGGAACCAUUGUACAACACUGUCUUCAACCUUACCGGGCUUAACUCGGAUCUGGCACACCACGCAAUGUCGGACAUCAACGAAAAGUUUAUAUUCGAUGUUUGUGAUCAGUUGGACACCAAGUGUAAUGGUGUUUCCGGUGGUGCGGCUUGUCUCCGCCGGAAGGAUGGUACCGAAGUACUGCUGGGCAUGAAAUCAGCACUUCAGUUCGUCGACGGCAGACUGCACUUCAAUUUUAGUGGCGGAGAUCGGUGUCGAGAGGGCAAAAACUAUACCUUCGAUAUUAUUCUAAUGUGCAGCUACGGACUGGAGGCGGAACCGAUGAACGUGGUUCCGUAUUCGGAGGAUCAGUGUAACUAUUUUAUGUUCUGGACAACGCAGCUGGCUUGUGCGCCUCUGCCGAAUAGAGUAAAGAACAACGAAUGUUCUGUAAAGGAUGCAACCGGACACAUUUUCAACCUGCUACCGCUUAGCCAUGUCAACCAUCACGUGCCGGAUCGGAACGGAUCGCACUUUUUUGUCACUGCCUGUAAACCCGUACAUUACGGACACAUGACCAUGUGUCCUCCCGGGGUCAGUGUUUGCUACGUAAAUGACACGGAACAAGAUUAUGCGCGUAAGUUUCACGAUUAUGGUCAAACCGACCCGAAUCCAACCAUUGAAAAUGGCAAGCUAGUCAUGAAUCUGCACUCAAAGGAAGGGUCAUGCCAAGAUUCUAAAAUCAUUUUCGAAUGUGACCCUAAAGCAACGGAAGAAAUUCCAGAAUAUGUUGGUAAGGAAAAUUGUACUUAUCUGUUUUCUUGGCGAACGGCACUGGCUUGUAAGAAACAAGAACCAUGCGCAGUAAUGGAUCCAAUUAGCGGCUUGGUUUUCAACAUGUCUUCGCUAGCUAAUCAAAAGUAUACGGUUGGGCAAGGUGAUUCUUUGUAUGAGUUUAGUAUUUGCAAAUCAGCUAAAAGCCAGUGUCCCGAACCGUCGGGUGCAUGCCAGCUGGCAUCCAACAAUUCCCAAGCUGUGAGCGUGGGUACCAUCAAUGAUGAACUGUUGUAUAACAUUACCGGUGCACCGUACCUUCACUAUCAUUCCGGAUCGAUUUGCAAUCAGGCCAACGAGCGGUGGUCCACGAAAAUAGAGUUUAUAUGCGAGACUGACAAAGGCGAAAAAUCACCACCACCCAAGCUGGUGGAGGCGUCCGGUUGUGAGGUGAUAAUCCAGAUGAAAACAAAACUCGCAUGCACCAGAGAGAUUUCCUGUUCGGCUAUGAAUUUCUCCAGUGAUCAAGAAGUGGAUCUUACUCCGCUUAUAUCGUCCGAGAAAAACUAUGAAGCAUUAGUCAACGAUUCGCUGGCAAUUGCCAAAGAUAAACGUCAAAAAUUCUAUUUAAACGUGUGUCGUCCGCUUUUGUCGCAGUUUGGUCUCGGAUGCCCGGGAGGAUCAGCUGCCUGUCUAGCUGUCAAAGAUUCUUCGCAGGCCUUGCCUACCCAUGAAUUGUCCCUAGGAUAUCCGGAUGUGUCGCUAACUGUUGUGGAAGAUCGAGUGCAGCUUCGGUAUCUGCGAGGGGAUAACUGUCCGAAGGACAAUGCAACGGAGCUUUCCACUGAAAUUGAAUUCUAUUGUGCACCGAAGGCUGGCCGUGGAUUGCCCAUAUUGCAAGAGAUACAACACGAUUGUCACUAUCGUUUCGAGUGGCCAACGAACGUAAUUUGUCCUAAUCUGAAAGCUGAAUUCCAGUCCGCGAAUUGUUCCGUGAAUAAUGGUCAGACGAACGAAAGAGUCAAUUUGCAAAAUAUUUUCCCACUUGGUUCAUUGCUGGUGAACCCUAGCAAGGCUAGUGCUUCCGCUGAACUGAACGAUGGAAGGUUGAAUCUAUGCAGUAAGAACAUUACCGCUGUGGUCGACUAUGAAGAUCAAGCGGUUAAGAUGUUCUUUACUAUGACUGAUGCAAACUGCACGCUUACUGGAGGCAAUAUCAACGUUAAUCUACGAGUUAGCUGUGCCAACGAGGAAAGCUUCUCCGUGAAUGAGUCUGAUUCAUGUUUGGUUACUGCUGCUACUAAUGCUACCACUGCUAAUUAG